AUGGCUGCCACAGAGGGGAGCGAAGGGGGGGAAUCCUCGGCCACUGUCGCGCCGGCGGCGGACAUUCGGGGACUUCUUCUUCUUGCAAAUGCUUCUCUCGUUCACAGGAUUCAAAGCCUUCAGCGCAGCGGCCAGCUGCAUCUCCGGAGAUUGCCGGAGGUCCAGGCGCAACUCGAGGGGGGAAGGAAAAAGCACGCGGCGGGACCAGCACGGAACCUCGCGCCCCUCCAAGAGAGCUUGAAAGACGGCGACGGCACUGGCUGGGCGGCGCCUGACGAGCGACCGAGACAGCGCCUGACUCGCCGGAGCGGAGAGGUUCGAGGAGGCAACACACCGACGGUCACGAAGACUGAGGCGAGGUAUCUUCACGAGACCGACGAGAGGGAAGCGUCUGCAGACGGACAGGCAGAAGGCGUAGUUCCCCACUCGUUAACUUCGUCUCCUGCGCCUACUUCUGCGUCGCCCUCUCCUUCUCCUUUCUUUGUAGUCCUUCGUCCAGGCAGGCCGGGUGGUGCCGAGACGCGCCACUCGCCGGUCCUCUUGCCAAACUUCCGUUCCCUUCUACAAGCUGCCUGCGUUCCAGCUUCUCUUUCGUCUCCCUCUGAGUCUCCACGGUAUCCCUCGGCUGCGGGAGCAGUUCUCGUUGCGGGGCACUUGGCGGAGUAUAUCACAGAGGUUGUCCCCUUUCUUCCGGAGCUGGCGGCGUCGAGUAGGUCUUCUGUCAGUGACGAUGAAGAAGGGGCUGUCGCCGCAAGUGUCCUGCGGGCGCUGUUGAUUCAAGCGUCUGCCUUCCUCGGCCACUCGCCGUCGAGCUUCCACGCGCUGUCGGUCCUCAUGGCCUUUUCCGCGCUCAGUCCGGCCCUCCCCUUUGAGUGUCAGCAAAUGCCGUACCUUCUGGAGCAGGCACGGCAUCAAAAACAACUACGAAAGCUCCAACCCGUCAUCUCCCACCCGUCGGCGAAACGCCUGUUCGCCGAGCUCCUCCGCAUUUGCUGCGACGCAAGACAGUCGGACCAAGUCGCCGCUCCUGCGGGCCCGGAGCGAGACGGAGAAGAGGCCGAAACGAACCGUCUGGCGCCUCCACAGCCCAACCAGAGCGGUCUCGCUCGGACGCUUUCGGCUUCUGAAGCCUUUUCCGUGUCGCCGGAGGCUCUGCGCCUUCCUCCGAUAGACGACUCUGCCGUUCUUCCGCUGCUCGAGGCCUACUGGCGCUUGGAACUCCGCCGGCCUGAUAUCCUCACAUCGCUCUUGAACUGUGUGGCUUUCGAACACCUUUGGAUCGACGAGAGACAACUCGUGCGUCUCUGUUCGUGCCUCGCUUUCUACGAACGCCCGGGUCUUGAUGCGGCGGUCGCUCUGGCGGCUCACCGGAACAAGACUCGUGAGGCGAGUCUGCGUGGCCCGCUGGGGAAAGCUGAGCGUGACGCCGUGUCCAGCGCGGCGGCUCUCAAAGGGGACACCACACUCUAUGGAAACUUGGACGGAACGCAAGAGCAGCUGAGGGGCUACCUUGCCGCAGCAGUUCUUCGAAUAUUCGAUUUGGCGGGGGUUCGGUUAGCGGAACGCUUCUCUUUCUUUUCGGACGAUGAUAUCGGGGACCUCUGUCGAGCUCUGGUGCGGCUGAAGCGCAAUCACGACAAGCUGCGUGAGCGUCAAGCGCGUCAGGGACCGGGGGAUGGACGCGCGUUGCUCCAGCGAGAAAACGGAAAAGAAAGCGGGAAGCAGGAGCACGGCAGAGGAAACCGCAGAGACUCGUGGGACGCCGGUCGCAGACAAGCAAGCAAGGCCGGCCCUGUCGCGCAUCUGCACGACUCCCCGUGCCUCCCGCAGUUGGAACCCUUCACAGUGUAUUUCAACGUCUGGAAGAGGCCCCUGGGGAUGGCGCUCCAACGCUGCCUGCCUUUGACACUCCACGACUUUCGUUACUGGAAUCUGAUUGAUGUGGGGGAGAUGCUCGCCGAGUUCCAGACUCGCGAAAAGGACUGCGUUGGAGGCGGACUAGCAAGCUGUGAGCGAUCCGACAUCGCUCUGGCCGCCGGGUCCCAGUCGGGAGACUUGCCGGAAGUGCCGGGGCGGUUCGGCUACGUCGCUGCGGCGUACCCGGAGGAGUUUCGAGAGCCGCAAGGAGAAAUGGAGAGUGAAGACCUCGCUCAGCGAAUCGCGAGCGAGGUUUGGAAGUUCUCCAUCAUGAUGCGCUUCGGAUACACUGGAAAGGCUUUGAUGGUUCUGCAUAAGCUGGACGUUGGCGAUCCCCGUACGCAAAAGAGUCUUCUGCGCCAUGUGACGAAACUCUUCGGUUUCAGUUGGGCGGGGAACUUCUUUGCAGAACUCACUGUGGCAGCAGCAACUGCGGCCUAUAAGGCUGGGCUUCCCGUGGAGCGUCAGAAGAAAGGAGUCCACGUUGCAGGUUGGCGGCUCUACAACAACCUGGCGCUUUACCUUCUCCGGCCGAUAGGCGUCGCUGACGCGCCGCUCAUGGAGAGUCACUUAAAUUCUGCAGGAGACGAUGUUAGUGGCGAGCCGAUUAGCGCAGCGGCGGAGGCCGAGGAAGAGGUUGUGGAGGAGAGCGAAGCCGAUGCCUUGAAUUUGGAAGACGAGGAAGAAGCUCAAGGAAGUACGCGGAACGGAGUCUCGGUCGGGGCGCGGUAUGAAUCACGACCCGGCGCUCCCGCGAGAAGAAAGCGGCGGAUGCGACGGCUCAUCGACACAGUGUCCUCCCCGCUCCUCUGCUGUGAGAUUGCCGCAGCGUUUGCGCGCCUUGGCGUGACGCAAGCAUCCUUGCUGCAUGCAAUCGUGGAAAGAGCCGAGAUAGAAGGACGCGGAUGGAUGCAUCUGCAGCAUCUUAUUUCCCUAGCGCGAGACAUGCAGGAGGUGUCCGUACACUCAGAACGUCUGCUGGCUAUGCUGCUGGACGCAGAGCGCCAAAAGGUCGAGCUACCCACUUGCAGUCCGGCGGCUCUGGCUCUCCUGCCUCUUCUCCUUGGCCGCAUUCGCGGAUGCCGACCAGUCCACAUGCCAACUCUGUUGCGUCUGCAUAAGCUUCUCCUGGACGAAACCAAUCCUUUGCAGACGGCGCCUGACUUCUUCAGUGACAAGGAUGUCGAUUGGCACAAAACACUACAGGCGGCGGCUCAGUACAUCGCUGCGGGCGACCGUGCGAACAGACCUAGUGAGGAGAGACCAGAAGAACGGGACCUCGGAGAGAACAAAGCGGUGGAUUGCGAGGGUUCGCCUCCGCCCCAAACGGCCCUUCGGUCGCCGGCUGAGGUGCGUGGCGGUUUGAGUUCUUCAACACAUGACUCGCGCACCGCCUGCUCCGGCUCUUCCUAUGUGUCAGCCUGCUUUGUUUCUGCCGUGUCGCCUCUUCCGGCGCAUUUUUCGGACGAUCUGGUCGUGCUGUUGCGAGGACUGGAGCUUGCGCGAUGCUGCAGCAGACCGUUGGCCACCCAGGCGCUGCGCGUUCUGGAGCGGAGAAAAUCGGAAGUCACCGCCGGGCAUCUUCCUGCUCUUCUCAGCGGCCUUGCCACCGUAGGCGGAGGUGGGGAGCAUCCCCUUUUGGCGGCGCGAGGUCGUCCAGAGUCGGUUUCUAUGGAGCAGGGCGCAAAGUCCAGACCUGAACUCGACGCAGGGAGAAGCCAGGGGUCGACACCUGCGUCCAGCAUUCUGGAAGAUCUUAUCGAAACGCACAUUGGAGCUCUGAGCGACGAAGAGAUCCCAACUUGCAUCUGGGCAGCGUAUGCUCUGGGCAUCCCUGCGAUUUCGUCUUCGCUCCGAAAUGGAGUUGACGAACACAGGGUUAGCGCUGCGUCCAGCAGCAAUGGUGAACACCGAGUGGACGCGGAGCGCCGACCUCGCGCGGGUGCGCUUGUGAAGCUUGUUCGUCGAUUCCUCGGAGCAUCGUUAAAUGCGUCAGGCCCCCUCUUGCACUUGCUUCAGGAGCGGCCGGUGGAGGGCGCAGACAAGGUGACGAUGCAGGAGACUCCGCUGAGUCCUCCGCCACUUCUCUAUCCGAGGCUACAAGGCUGCGAGCCCUAG